CGAUUGUCGACGUUCUUUGUCUCUUCCUCAAUACUGGUAGCUACUUGAGCGAAAGGCAACCAUUUUGGAUGCAACAACGUUCAUCUAAUCUGCUACUAAAUCGGUGCAGACAACAGUCAACGACCUCGACUUAGACUCAACUCCCAGCCCUGGCUUAGGCUAGUACUGCGCCCGAGGCUCCCCUUUCUCUCGGCAAUUCCGUGUGGGACUCACACGAGGCCAACGCGUUGUAGGAGUAACUUUGGCACUUUUGCACUGGUUUGUUUUCUCCGCCGAACCUCCCCGAAACCCAUUUUCUAGCAGUGCUGCUAGGCCAGACCAAGCCAGAAACCUGAAGCCUUCAAAGCGGAUCCACCCAUCCUUGAAAAGGAGCUGUUGGUGACAAACACGAGGCUUCAUUCACUCCGUAGAGUAGACACUCAUGUCCUCAUCCCCGUCGUCACACAACGAAGUCCAACUCUCAAAAGAGUUCCUCAUCACCCUCCUCACUGAACUUUCCUCACUCGUCUUUCAUGAGUUCGGUUGCCAAAUCCGCCUAUUCAUCCAUGGUGGCGCAGUGAUGAUUCUACACCCCAACCUCUCCAUAUCCAGUUCUCGACGAACUACCAGGGAUAUCGACUAUAUACGUCGUGCAUUCGGGCAUGAGUGGCGGAAGCGAGGGGUUUAUGAUGCUGAAGAGCGUUUGCAGCGUUGUAUUAAUGCUGUUGCUGCCAAGUUUCGUAUUGGCACCGACUGGAUGAACGCAGACCCCGACGUUGCCCUCCCAUUCGCACACAACACACAAGGGCAGUUAUACGACCCUAUCUACCACGACUCCAAGCAGGCGAACAACAUUGAUAUGAACACCGUCUACAAGUCGCAAGGUCUCGUGGUCAUCAGCGUCACCAUGUUUUGGGGUGUUGCCCUCAAGCUCGUACGCUACAAGAAAUAUGACCCCACUGACAUUGUGGCCAUGCUGCGCCACGGCACGAAACUCAACGGCGUCCAGUGGACGCCUCGUAUCAUGGAGACUUGGAUCACGACCCUGUGCUGGCCCAUGGGCUACAACACCUACAAACCCCAGCAAGCGGAGGAACUUCGAAACCGUAUCCAGGAUGCAGUGCACCAUCUACAAACAUCACUUGAAAAUUCACCAGAGGAGUCAUCGCAGAUGGCGCUUAUCCCAUCGGCCACGCGGUCACCUCCUGUGUCAUCAGACAUGCGUUCUCCUCCCGCUCUCUCCUCAUUGCACACGAUGUCGAGCAGCUUAGCUCCACACUCGUUCUCACAACCGCCGUCGGCGUCAUCACUGCAUUCUCUUUACAUGUCGUCCCACAACAUGUCGGCUCCCGCGUUCGUGGGGGAGCGCAUGCGCCGGCCAUCGACGACCUCAUUACGACACCAAACAUUUUCACCGCCCAUGCCAUUGACAUUCACCUCAUCCCAAUCAUCGCAUACUAUCUCUCACCCGCCAUCGCAUUCGCACCCCCCCACGCAUUCUCAACCCCCCACGUAUUCUCAACCCCCCGCAUAUUCUCAACCCCCCACGUAUUCUCACCCCCCCACACACUCUCACUCCCUAACGUAUUCUCAUCCACCCUUGCAUUCGCACUCGCACUCGCACUCGCAAAGCCCUUUCCGCAUGCCAGAGCCCUGGGUAACGCCGGUGUCACUGCUCUUUCAGCCCAUGCCAUCCACCGCCUUCUGAAUGGACCAACAUAAAUACCUAGACCGCGACGGAACCUGAAGCCAGGUCUGGUACAUCCAGUACCACACAAGUCAUAUAUCCGUACUCUAUUAGUUCUAUACGCCAUCCCUUAAGUUCUAAAUGUUUCCUUGUCCAAAAUUUUGUUCUUCGAUAUUGCUAUCUAUACUUUCAUAUGUUUGCACUGGUUGGUAUGUACGAUAUUGUAUUUCACUCUGUAGCUGAUGUAGCUUACAAACUGGUCGUUGACGACGUACGCUUAGCUAGACUAGCACUUGUAACGAUGAGGAUCACGGGGAACACGUUAACACGUUUCUUCAUCUCCGCAUUAGCCAAUGUCCUGGGUCCGAUAUUGCACCAGGCAGUUACACUAGUAUGAGCGAUAGAUAAUGUUUGUCAGGGAAUGGAAC